AGUCAAUUGGACAUUACCUGGAGAGGUGGACGUACACGUUCGGUUCCGAGGUUUUCUUGUUGCAUUUUCUAAAUUGUCCAUCAAAAGAAAAGUCUAUUGAUUUCAGCGAAGUGUGGAUGAGUAACCGAAAGUUUACUUUCAACGAAAGGCCUGGUUCAACGUUUCAUACAAAAUACGUAAACAGUGAUUAUCAUUUAUGAUUUAGUGUAAAGUAGCAGCAUUACAAUUCGGAAAGCACUAAGAGGUGUCAUCAACGAAGAAAUUGUCUGAGAGAAACCCUCGUGUAGUGCAUGUACAGAGAGGAAAAUCGAAAGAUACUCGAACAAGCAAGCAAGGACGAAACUCAAAAGGAAGGACGGGCUUCCAACAUUCUUGUAACGAUAACGUGGCCUAGGUGAUAAAACGUCCAAAACGUCCGAGCUAUGAGUGCUGCCAGUAUACUAGAGUUACAAACGUGGAUCGUUUAUCAGCGGAUUGCGGCGGAAUGUGCAAACUGUUUGUAAAAACCACCCCAAUCUUUCGUUGAUACCCAUAGCCACAUUCACUAGCUGAGUUUUGUUUUGUUUAUCGCAUCUUUUCGACGGGGAGAAAAAGCAUUUUCGUGUUUCAACAAUCUAAAACAAAAAACCACCACCACCAGACAGACAGACAGAACAUAGAAAGUCAUUUUCGAACCACUCGUUUCUGGUCAGAACGGCGUCGUCAGCGGUGGUCGAGUGAUUGUGUUAUAAUUUUGAUUGAUCGAAAGUGAAUUGCGAGUUAUUGUGAGAAGCGGAAAACCGAUAAGUAGGAAGAGACCGAACCGAAGCAGUUACAAAGAGCUCUGGACCUCUGGAAGGCCAUGACCGGCUGAAGUGAGUGACGACGGAGUGGAAUGGUCGGUUUGCGAAAUCGCGAAAUAAUAGCAAAAACAUUCAAUUAGGUACCGUUAUUUCCUGCACAACUCCAACGACCGGGGAGUGAGAGAUGUGUGACCUCGAUUGAAGUGAAAACAACAACCUCACUCACUCCAAAGAUAUCGAAACCAAAGAAAAAAGGGCGGUACGACCGACAAGAGGAAAGACUGAUAUCGCAUCGCACAGAUCGAUCUAUACGAAGGUUGUUCUUUCGUUUCGGAACAGACAAGUGAAUUCCACACCAACGUCAACGACUAGCUGAGCAAUUCCCGUCUCCGGUGCCACAUAUAAAAAGGGGGCACACUUCCGCUAAUUCGACGUUGAUUGUUUCGAAGGGACAAUGAUUGAUACAGUUAUGACCGACAAUGCAUUCAAAGCGAAAGACAUCGGUCUGCGGGCUCAGAAGAAAAUCCUCUCUCGGAUGGCGAGUAAAAACGUGGCCAAGGUCUUUAUCGACGGAACUACCGCUUCGCUGCUCGAUAACGUCUACCGGCUAGCAAAGACACACACCGGCAGCAAGAAAGAUGCCGAACGACUAGUCAAGAACAUCAUCAAAAUCGUGAUCAAAAUUGCCGUCCUCCACCGCAAUAAUCAGUUCAACGCCGACGAGCUGAAGCUGGCCGAUCGGUUCCGCGCCAAGUUCCAAACCCUGCAGAUGGCCAUCAUCUCGUUCUACGAGGUGGACUACAGCUUCGAUCUCAACUACCUGCUCAAGUCGCUGCAGGAGGUGCACGGGUUGCUCAAAUCGUGCGUCGAUCGGCACUUGACCGAUAAGUCCCUCGGGCGGAUCGAGGAGGUGUUUGCGUUCUUCAGCGAUCCGACGCUGCUGGAGACGGCCUUCCGGCAGGAGUCACCCUACCGGGACCUGAUGGACAAGAUCAUUGCCGACCUGAACAAAGCCAUGGAGAAUGGGGACAUUUAAUGGGUGGUAUUUUUUCCCAUUUGAAAUAGGGCGUGCUAUGUAAGAACAUGGCGCUGUUCACGCACGUAGUGAUAAUAAUUAGGCAAAACAACUUAUGGUAUUAUUUGCUAGGAAUUGUGUGGCCUAUUUUCGAAGCCGAUCACGCUUAUGAAGAGUGGCUCUAACGCUGUUAUGGAUAUUUAUGUACUGAAUUAGACACUAGAAAUUUGAUGGGAUAAGUAUAGGGAGAAACACAAAGUCAUUGAUCCGUCACUUGCCAGUCGCUGAAGACGAAUCUAUUAAAUUUGAAAUUAACUUAUUGAAGCUGUUUCGUUGGUAAUCUUAUUGAAGUUAUUCUUGCAUUAGACGCCUAUCUAUAGAAUCAAAACACGUACCAUUAUUGCUCACAGUGCAGUGCAGAAAUUGUCUUAGUCAUUAUCGAAUAGGAUUGGAUAGUAGAAGUUCUACAAAAGAGUGUUUCAGAAGGACUUCUAAGGUUUAUUUGAAAAUAAUUGAUCUGCAGUAACUGCAGAACAUAAAUGGCAUUUGUAGUAGGCACUGAUUGAAGAACUCGCAGAAGGCUUUGAUUAGGCUGAUCGAUGUUAGUUCACAAAGUUUUCUUAAUCAGUGCCUACUCCAAGAAUGGUUGUAGCACACCAUGGAUCCUAAUCUCAAUAUUCUGUUUUUAGCACUAUUACGACACAGAUUCAAUCAUUCAUAGGGCCUAAAACCUAGAACACAUAUAAGAAAGUGCGGUUACAUGGUGUGAAUGGCAGAAAAUCAAUAAAUUUGGCAUCUCUGCGUUUGAAAUUGAAAUAUUAAGUGAACAGAAUACAGUCAACUCUCCCUUAAACGAUAUCUGAAUCCAAAUUUCGAGUUAGAAAAUCACAAUAAAAGUUGGUUUUCAUGGUUACCUCAAUAGUCCCUUGGAUCGCAUUUGCACUGGUCUUGUGUUCUAUAACUCGAUACCUCCAUAACUCGAUGGUCCCUUGAAUAUAAAGUUAUGGAGAGUUGAUUGAAAUAGAAAGUUUAAACGAUAUCAGGGCUGGUAGCGACUGAGUGUGUUGGAAUACAGUGAACACAUUUUUAUGUAAACUUUCAUGGAAAAAUGCUUCUGAAAAUUCUCAAAUUUAUAUCCAAUUUCUAAACGCGCCAAGUUCCAAACCUGCAUGUUAAUGUUUAACCUAAAUCUAACCAGAGUUGCCAAUUUUCUGGAUCGUAUGCUAAACACUUGAAAGUCAAUGUGACCAACCAUAUAAGAUAUUCGAAAAAAAAUAACAACACAACACUGCGCUUUCUACGCACACUGUAUUUGGGACGAGCGUUACAUGUAGCAACCUUGUAAUGUUAUAGUCUUUAAGUUAUAUUGAUAUUUCGACUAACAGCAAGCACAUAUUCUAAGUCAUUUAUUGUAUAUCUCAGAUACAUCCUAGACGCGUAUCGACAAAAUGGAUCAAACAAACGCAGCAAAACAGAAACUCAUAUCAAUAGAGAUCCCCCUUCUCGUGCGUUGGGAGUGGUCCGUUAGUGAAAUUGAAAAUUCCUCAACUCGUCGAAUGUACUUAGAACUCUAGUUGAUAUAAAUCAGAAAAUAAAAAAAAGCACAGAUGUAGUGUUGAUGCACUGCAUUGGAUAACAACUCAAAAACUGGAUUUCAACGUCUGUUUCUAAUAUUUUUUUUUUUCUGUCCAGUGCAAGAAACUGUAGUUGUUAGGUAUCAAUAUUUUCGAACAAAUGGACAUAUUCACAAAAAAGGACCAGUUUUUCUUUUUGUUUGACUAUGGAAAAAGGCAAAUGUUAUACGUACUCAAACAACCAAUAGAAUAGUUUUUCCGGACGUGGAACAAUGUUGAAAACUUGUGCAAAUGAAACGGAACAAAACCUGGGAUGGUUGCCUUUGGAACGCUAGAAAAGAACACACAUCAUCGGUGUUUGUUAGAUUGGAUAUUCUGUAUAGCGCCUAGAAACCGUAUCGUUUGGCUAGCAAAAAUACAUCACCCAAUAAUGUAAAGCAACAUAGAUGAUAUUUUGAUCGGAAUAAAUGAUAAUGGAGAUGAGUACUA